CCAGGAAUCGAGGUUUCUGGGCUUUGUUUUUCUUCCUACCUCUCGUUUCUUAAUCAUAUGUAACUAAUAACAUUUAGGGUAUAGGUUGAUUUACAAGUUCUUUAAAGCCUGUGGCUGACAGCCUGUAGCCUCCAGUUUGAAGCUAGAGCAGAAUGAGUAGUCAGGAACUGGUCACUUUGAAUGUGGGAGGGAAGAUAUUCACAACAAGGCUUUCUACUAUAAAGCAGUUUCCUGCCUCUCGGUUGGCACGAAUGUUAGAUGGCAGAGAUCAAGAAUUUAGGAUGGUUGGUGGCCAGAUUUUUGUGGACAGAGAUGGUGUUUUAUUUAGUUUCAUCUUAGAUUUUUUGAGAACUCACCAACUUUUAUUACCUACUGACUUUUCCGACUAUCUUAGGCUUCGGAGAGAGGCUCUAUUCUAUGAACUUGAGUCUCUGGUUGAUCUCUUGAACCAACACGUACUACAGCCAAGACCUGCUUUCCUCGAGGUGCAUUUCCUAAAUAGAAACACUCGAGCUUUUUUCAGAGUGUUUGGCUCUUGCAGCAAAACAAUUGAGAUGCUAACUGGGAGAAUUACUGUGUUUAUUGAGCAGCCUGCAGUACCCACGUGGAGUAGUAACUCUUUCCCUCCUCGGAUGACCUUACUUCCACUGCCUCCACAAAGACCUUCUUACCAUGACCUGGUUUUCUACUGUGGCUCAGACAGCAAUACUGAUAAUCAAAUUGGUGUCAGGUAUGUUUCUAUAAAACCCGAUAACCGAAAAUUGGCCAAUGGAACAAAUGUCCUCGGCUUACUGAUUGACACUUUGUUAAAGGAAGGCUUUCAUCUGGUCAGCACAAGAACAGUAUCCUCAGAAGACAAAAGUGAAUGCUAUAGCUUUGAAAGAAUAAAAACCCCUGAAGUCCUCACCAUGAAUAAAACACCAGAAUUGGAGGCAGAGCAGUCUCAGAAAAAUAAAUGAAGUUCCAAAUCUUGUUUGGAAAUCCCAUAGCUAGGGCAUGUCUGUAGGUCAAAUCUAUAUUCAGCCUAACUUUAUUUCUAUCACUUUAUCAUCUAUCACUUUAUUUCUGGGUGACUAGGCCCAGCAUUGCUUGAACCACACUGAAUUGCCUCCUGCUCUAAAAAAUACCAUGACCUUGGUGCUUUGGUGUAUGUUCCUUCUACCUUCCAUGACUCUUCCUUUCUUCAUGAAUACUUUUACAUAGUUUUUAAAAAUGGGCCAUGGUGUUAGAUUGCUUAUUUCUAAUCCCAGCUCAGUCAUUUAUGAACUGUGUGACUUAGGCAAGCCAUUUCAACCACUCUCUGUUUCAACUUUAUCUGUUAACUAAGUAUAAUAAAGAUGUCUCCCUCAUAGGAUACAUGGGAGUUAAAGGAGAUAAAGUACUCAAUAAUGUUGUCUGGACAUGAUAGGCACUUGGUAACUGAUAGUGAUGAGGAUGAUGAUGAGGUCCUGUUUUCUUUUCCUAGACAUAUUAAUUAACCACUCUUCCUUUAUUUUUGGUGGUGCUGGGGAUCAAACCUGGGGUCUCACAUAUGCCAAGUAUGUAUUCUAGAACUGACCUAUACCCCCAGCAACCCUUCAGUAUAGAUUUGAUGCCAUCAUGAAAACAACUAUUCCUUACUUGGCCGUGAGCUCCUUGAUCUACUUUAACAGUUUUUAUACUACUCUCUGUAAAGGACUGCUAAUAACACUCGGUGAGAGCACUAAUACCUUUGUUACUAAAGGUACUAAAAAGUUAGUGAAAACCUUUGGAAUAAUCUCUACCAACAUUUAAAAUAUACAUAUUUUGACUUAGUAGUUUCUCUUAUAGGUAUUAUGUAUGUCAUUUUAAAUACUAGGAUAAAUACCUAGAAGAGGAAUCACUAAAUCAAAGUGCACCAAGUGCUUUGCACAUAGUAAAGGUGUUGAGCGGAAGUGUUAAACUGGGCAAGGUGGCGCAUGCUUGUUAUCCCAGUGACUCAGGAGGCUGAGGCAAGGAGGAUUGCAAAUUUUAGGCUAGACUCAGCAAUUUAGUGAGGUCCUAAGCAACUUAGCAGGACCCUUUCUUAAAUUUAAAAAAAUAAAUAAAUAAAGAGGGCUGAAGAUGUAGCUAAGUGGUAAAGACGCCCUGGAUUCAGACCCCAAUACCAAAUAAAAAAAAAUAUGUUAAUUAAGCCUGGUGUGGUGGUACACAACUGUAAUCCCAGGGACUCAGGAGCCUAAGGCAGAAGGAUGGAGAGUUCAACCAGCCUCAGCAAUUUACCUGAUGCCCUAAGACAAUUAGCAAGAGCUUGUCUCAAAAAAGGCAGAUGUAGCUCAGUGGUAGAGCUUUUGCAAGGCCCUGGGUGAGUUUGAUCCCAGUACUGUAAAAAAAGAGACAAAAAUCCUUAUUCUCAAGGAGCUUACAUUUAAGUAAGAAAGCACAUUAUACUAACAGCAAAAGAUUAAAAAUAAGCUCAAAGUUCAUCAAUAUGGAACAGGUAACUUAUGAUUCAUACAAUGAAAUAUGUAGUUAUUAAAAAGAAUGAAAUAGCAGUUUAUAAGCUGAUAAGGAAGGAAUGUCAAAAUGUUACUAGUGGGGGCAAAAGCAAGGUGCAAAACAAUGCAUGAACUAGGAAAAAAAGUGCAGUUUCCAUUUAUGGAAAAUACACUUAAAAAAAUAAAUGCAUGAAAUUUUUAGCAAAGAUAAAGGUUGCCUUUGGAGAGGAAAAUGGUUGAGUGGGGUUUAGGUGUGGGAGGAAGACUGAAUUUUUACCAGACCACAUAGAGAUAUACAUAUAUUUAAGAAGAAUGGUGGGGAGGGAAGAAACUAUACCUGAUAGAUAGUAUGUGUAUCAGGGAUUGAGGGGGACUGAUAUCAGUAUAGUAUGAUCCAUUUUCUCUCAUACUGACAAAUUUUGCUCAAACCCUUCUUGUGAAACAUUUCCACUUAGUAAAGAAGUUGACAUUUCUAAGUGGUUACUUAUAGAUUUCUGUGUUCUAGGUUGUAGGAAAAAUAUUUUAAAAACUUUUCUGAGAGAACCUCAGAAGUUUAAGUAGAAGUCAGGUGUGUUGGUGUAUGCUUAUAAUCCCAGUGACUCAAGAGGCUGAGGCAGGACGAUUGCAAGGUUAAGGCCAACAUGGGCAACUUAGAGACUGUCUCAAAAGGAAAAGUAAAAAGGGCUGGGGGAUAUAGCUAGUGGUGGGAUGUGCACUCUUGAGAUCAAUCUGGAGUACCAAUCAAGAAGAAAAAAAGAUUAUAUACAGUGAAAAAGUAUAGAAUACUUUAAUAUUAGUAAUUUUAAGGAAAACAACUGAAAAUAAUGGUCCAUAUAAGAAGAUAUUACCUUAGAAUAUGUUUUUAUUCUUUUUUUUCUUCUCUUUUUCUUUCUUUUUUGUAGCCCUUUUGUUUUCUGCAGAAGUCAAACUAAUUGUUUUGAGAGUGAUGUGUUUGGUCUAGUUCCUUUACUAGUGUUAUAUACUAGGGCACGGUAUUUCUAUUUUGAUAUAUUUUUUUUCCAUGCAUGUGAUUUAACUAGUUGGGUAUAAUUGACAUAGUUGUACAUAUAACACUGUUCAGUUCUGUAUAGUGCUUUGCUGAUAAGACCAUUAACUGACAAGUAGUUAAAAAAUACGGAAGCAAACAAUAUUCUAACUAUAAUUUGGCAAGGAAUAGACAGGAAAUGUUUAAGAAGCCUUUAAUGUAUUCUUAGUCAUUUGCAGGAAACAAUUUUGAGAUUAGAAAUAAAAUGUUGUUUUUAAUGAGCUAAUAGAAAUAUAUUAUCUAUGGAAUCAUACAUAACAUUCAUUCAUUAAAUAAAUGUUUAUUGACAU